AUGACUACGCCAGGGAUUCAAUACUCGGGGCUGAAUGCCACAUUCAAGGGCAUUCAGCGUGACGACAACUAUGUACCGGCUCAUCAAUUCCGAGGAAUUAAAUAUGCCAGUGUCCCAGAGCGUUUUGAAAAUCCCAAGCCUGUGAAUACCUUCGAUGGAGCUGUGGGAGCAAUUGCAAAUGCGUUCAAAACGAAUAAGAAAUGGGGCACCCAGCUUCGCAAGAUGUAUCGAGUCGUGGCCGAUCGGCCAACAGCUGCGAAGCUCGGGGCUCUGGAUUUGGUGAAUGAUGUGCGGUAUAAUCUGUGGAGGCCCUCACCGACAAACUACACACAGCAAACAAGUGUGUUUAUAAAUACGUGGUUGACCAGGCUAAUCCUUGGCAACCAUCUAGUCGGUCACAUCACGCAGUCGACUUACUGUUCCUCUUCGAUGGUGUCAAUCUAUCUUUCAAUCUUCGUCGCCAACAAAGUUGGGCAAGAGAUGCGACAGCGUUAG